ACUGCAAGCACGUGGAGGUAGUUGGAAUCCCCCUAGCAAUGGAUAAAUUCAUCAUCCGAACGCCUCGAGUCCAAAAUAGCCCUCAGAAGAAAGAUCCUGGAGCAAAAGUUUACAAGCAGGCCACGAUUGAAUCUCUGAAGAGAGUUGUGGUUGUAGAAGACAUAAAAAGAUGGAAAACUGUGUUGGAGCUCCCUGAUCAAACCAAAGAGAAUCUAGUUGAAGCCUUACAAGAAUUGAAGAAGAAAAUACCUUCUAGAGAAGUAUUAAAAUCAACAAGGAUAGGUCACACUGUGAACAAGAUACGGAAACACUCAGAUCCAGAAGUGGCUUGUCUUGCCAGAGAAGUUUACACUGAGUGGAGAACUUUCAUGGAAAAACAUUUGGAUAGACCUUCUAUUGAAGUCCGGAGUGAUCCUAAAACUGAGAUGUUUAGAAAAAAUGCCCAGAAGUUACUCUCAGAAGCUUUGGAAUUAAAGAUGGAUCACCUACUGGUUGAAAAUAUUGAGCGGGAAACGUUUCAUCUCUGUUCUCGCCUCAUUAAUGGGCCAUACCGGCGGACAGUGAGAGCCCUGGUCUUCACAUUAAAGCACCAAGCUGAAAUCCGGGCCCAGGUGAAGAACGGCUUGCUGCCAGUCGGCACGUUUGUAAAGACGCACAAAAAGUGACCUGAGGAUGUGCCAAUCCUGGGCUGGGCAGAGAGGAAAGCAGGCCUCUCUGCCAUUCAAAGACUCUUUUGAGUUUGGGUGAUGGCUGAAGCUGGCUGUGCUAAAUUUCCCCAUGGUGCCAUUCCUUCAGACGGAGGGUGCAGAGAGCCAUAAGGGACAGGCCUGCAGGAACCUUCUUCAUUAUCUGUAGCUUGCUGGUGCUGCCUAACAGGAUGUGUACCGGCUGUCACUAGGAAGCUCUGCACGAUUGCCAUCACCCAACACAGCGAAAGGUGAUGGAUUUCACUGUGAGUAUGCCAAGGACACCUCUAAACCUCCCCCAUGUCAGGCAGAGGAACUUACUACUUUAUUUCACCACCCUGCAGGUUACUGAAACUCAAUUACUGCUGCCGCUCACUUGGUUCCGUCCCCCUGAGUUUAGAUAGCUCCGGUGCCUCUCAGAACUCCCCCGUCUGUUCUCUUUGCUCUACCCCAGGGGUGAGCCUGCCAGAGCCAGCUGACUACCCCUUCUUCCCAGAGCUCACUUAUCUGAACGUUUCAGCUCUCCCUGGAAGACCUUCUGCGUUGGUCUCCAGAGCCCCCAUGCUGCGGCUUCUAAUGAGGAACUGGCCUGCAGCAUCCCCCCACCUCGGGGUUUAUUUGAAUAUGUUGGCUUUCUCAGUUUAGGGCUAUGUAGAAGAUAUAUAAUGAAAUUUCUCUUGAAAUGAAUUGCUGUAGUAGAAAAAAAAAUACAUAUUUUAAAGUGAAAUACCUCUGUAAGGCCUGCUGGAACAAUUAUGUAAAUGAUAUUUGCUUUUUAAAGUAA